AUACGCAACUGUACAACAUUUUUGAAUUUUGAGAUCUUGUGUGGCGUUUUUUGGUUACUGUUAGAUUCGAACCAGCCUACAUAGGAUGGGUUCCAAGGCAGUCUUGAGCCACACCAUCAAUGCACCUGGCCGAACACUCAAAGUCUCAGCAACACCGGGGCUCAACAACAUCCUCCACAACUUCCCAGCGGCCACAAAUCUAACGACGAGUCCCCAGUUUGCGCAUCCAUCCUCGACCAGUCGGAUCUUCCCCCACGACCUCCAAUUCAACAUCAUCAUCCGGGGGCAAGUGUUCAAGCUGAGCUAUGAACAGAUCAUGUACGACGAGCCGAACCUGUUUACGACAGCCUUCUUGGACGGAUUCUCGGAGGCCGACACCCGCACACUCACCAUCCCCGGCCGAUCUCCGGUGCUCUUUGGCUACAUCUACGAAUACCUCUCCGGCUAUGCGAUCCUCCCGAACCCGGAUAUCGAUCUCAGGAACCUGGUCUCCGACUGCGAAUACUACGGCCUCCAACGUUUGAAGGAUCAAUUGACGUUGCCCAAGGUGGGUGACGCACUCUCCUCGAGACAUAGCCUCAGUCGGGUGGUCAGGUUCGAGGACGUCGUGACUCGGCAAGCUCAUGCCGUCGAUUGGACUGAGAAUGGCUUAGUCGAUACCAGCGACCCCGCAAUCAAGCACAUCCUCGUCUUUCUUACUAAGGCCAAUUUCAGGUUGGAUCUUACGGUCAAAUCAAAUGGCGAAUGUGCUCAAGCCUCCUUUGGAAUAGAGCUACCUCCAUACGCAACAAGCCUUCGAUCGAAGCCACUGAGUUUCAGGGACGAAGGCCUUACGGAUUGGACAGCAAUCAUGGCUGAGGCACUCUCGGCGACGCCGUUGACCCUAAACGAUGGCGAAUUCGAAGGGAACUUUGGCGAUUUGGUCCAAUGGGUCGGGUCCUUCAUGAUCAGGUUCUCCGCUGGAACUACUUCUUCAUCACUCAGUACUGGUCCUAGUAGAUCUGCCGGUGGAUUACAAGACCCGGAGACAACAGAGAAACUCUCGAAGAUCAUGCCAGGUUUAUCAGAGAGCAUGAGGGUAAGAUCUCUACAAGGCCAAAACACAUUGAAAUUAUCUACCUCAUUCUGGGCCAGCCAUAUGUCACUGAUCAUCGCACCCCCCGACGGAUCUUCUACUACCACAGACGAAACCAAUCGCAACAGUAAUCUGGUUGCUAAAGUUUUGAAUUGUAGUUUAUCGACUGGUUUGUAUCGCCGAAAAUGCACGAAACCUCUGGUAAACUUCUAAUCAACGCCUACAUAUCCAUUUUUGGUUUCCAUCUACCCUUUUACAUAUCAAUUUAUUAUGUACCAUUCUUAUAUAUCUUCCUUCACAUGAACAAAUCUUGUGGGCUCUUGGUUUUCUGGGAUGGUAUUACUCGACCACUUUUUAAUGUAUUAUACACGGGGGUAUGUGCUUGUAAUAAUGAUAGCUCAAGUGGGAUUGUAUGGAAUUGAAGGUCAUCGGGUUGAUCUAAGUUCGAAUAUAGACGAUCUCAGCCAUUGAAACUGAUUAAUAA